AUGAGGAUGCGAAGGAGGAAGGUGGAGGAGGGAAUCAGACCAAGGGAAAGUACAAAAGACUGGGCCAAAGUGAUAUGGUACAAAGGAGCAGUCCCAAAGCAAGCCUUCCAUAUGUGGAUUGCAAAUUAUGACAGGAUGCCCACAAGGGUUAGACUGGCUUCUUGGGGAAUGCUCAUAUCUACUCACUGUUGUCUUUGUUCCCAAUUCCCUGAAGAUAGAGACCACUUACUCUUAACCUGUGAGUAUAGUGUUGUCAUCUGGAAAUGGGCACUUCUAAGGCUACGACCUUCUGGUAGGUUAUUUUGUAACUGGCAGGAGCUGCUCUCAUGGUUGAAAUCCGAUACUCUUCAAGCCCCAGCAACACUCCGUUGUCUGGUUGCCCACGCAACGAUAUAUCAUCUGUGGAAACAGAGAAACAAUGUCCUCUUCAACAGCACCCACAUUCCACCGGAGUCUAUUAUUAAGUGCAUAGACAGGGACAUUCGCAACACCAUCCACGCAAGAAACAGGAGGAAAAGAUUCCUCAACUAUCUACCUCUUUGGAGCCACUGA